CCUUGGUACUUCCGGUCCACAUGUGAACGCUUCGCCGUGACUCACAUGUAAAUAUUAAACUCUCUGUAACUGAACUAGUUAUCUUUUACGCGGAGUGUUCAGCGUCUACUCAUAAUUAUGAAGUUGCUCACGCACAACAUGUUGACGUCUCACGUGAAGGGAGUCACCAAAGGUUACCCGCUCCUCAUCAAGGCCACCGAAGUGAAGCUGAAUGAGGUGGAAUUCAACCCUCAGUUCGUCAGUCGCAUGAUUCCUAAACUGGAGUGGGCUGCUCUGGUCCAGGCUGCAGAGGAGUUGGGUCACCGACAAGACCUGCCGGGUGAGCUGGUGACCGAUUACGAGAAAAAUGAGGACUUCCUGAAGAAAGUGCACACAGUGCUGUUGGAGGUGGAGGUGAUAGAAGGAUGUCUCCAGUGUCCUGAAUCAGGACGAGAGUUCCCGAUCUCCAGAGGCAUCCCCAACAUGCUGCUGAAUGAAGAUGAGGUGUAAACCAGUUUCCCAGUAGUUCUCAUGCACAUCCUCACCCUCAGACUGUCACCCCAGCGGGACUGUGUGUAUCCAGAGACGGGCUGGAUGUUGUUCCAGCGGGUGCCUUGACAUAAUCGGCCACAACAUUUUUGUUUGUUGUAGUUAUGACAUUUUAAGUAGCCGAUAAUGCCCACGGAUGGAAAAGAUUUAAAGAAUCACACAUGGAAAUGUUCCUUUAAGGUAAUCCCCAGUGGUUUUUAUCUGUAUUUAUUUUUGUAAGUGUUUGAUCUUUUUUUUCCCUCUUUCUCAAUAAAAGUCUUCAAGCUUC